AUGGUGUGGUGCAGCUACUGCGGGCGCGACCAGCAGGCGGAGGUCGACGAGGCCAAUGGCUUCUCCUGCUGCACGGGGUGUGGGCGAGUGCUGGACGAUACCGUCUACUCGUCCGACACAGUCUUCAUGAAACAAUCCGAUGGCUCUAGCAUGGCCAUGGGAAGCUUCGUGGCAGAUGCAGGAGGAGGCGGGCCGGUGGUGCGACUGGGAGGAGCCAGGGGGUUCGCCUUUGGGGGCUCGUCAGAGUCACAUGAGCGCACAGUCAUGAGAGGGCGCAAUGAGAUUGCAGAGAUAGCAGAGCGGCUGGCCGUGCGACCUCGAGAAGACAUGAUAGGGUCGGCGCACCGGCUGUACCAGCUGGCUCUGAAUCGCAACUUCACAAGAGGAAGGCGAGUAGCGCAGGUGGCAGCGGCGUGCCUCUACCUUGCGUGCAGGCAGGAGAAGAAGCCCUUUCUGCUGAUCGACUUUGCUGACUUGCUGCAGAUCAACGU